UGUCAAGCAAGUCAACUGUCAAAAAAUAUUUUGACCUUCGUGUAUAGUAAUGUCUCAACAGAAUCAAGUUAACUUAGAGAUAGAGAACGAGGCUCCAGCCGAGGGUACCCCACGUUCCAACCCCCUGCACAGAUUGGACUCCGUUCCGAGGACAGUACCUCCAACAAACAGAAACAAUCUCGGUCUUGGAGACCGGUUGAAUAGUGUUUUUAGGGAAAUUAGACCUUUUGUUGAACAUGCGCGGAUGGGCAAUAAUGCACGACUUUCUCUGCCAACAUGGUUACCACGAAACGCGCCCGGGACUCAUCAAAUUGGAGAAGGUAGUAUUCAGCGACCUCAGAGUUCAAUUGCUCAUGUGAACUUAGGUCCUUCAUCUCAAACUUUCAUAGUUACUGAGAGAGGUACACCUCAGAGAACCCCAUCUUUGGGUCACGGUCGUAGUGUUUCACAUGACUCCGCAGAUCAGGACCAGGAACAUCCAGAGAUCAAUGUGUCAGUGAAUCCAGCCAAUAAUAAUAAUAUCCAUGACAACGCUGACAAUGACAGUCAGAGUGAUGACGGGACACAACAGGUGGUAGAUGUUAGAGCGACACUAAAUCUACUGAUUCGAUACGCUCCAUUCUAUCUUAUACUUUUCAUAAAAUUCAUGUAUGACAGUAGGGAGGGACUGUUCACAUUUAUUGUACUGUUCUGUACAUUCAUACAUGCAAACAGUCUUGUUAGAAGAGAACAUGGAAAGCAGAUGAACAGGAGUAUACUGGCAUUAUUCAGCGAGCUGGUCUUCACAGGCAGCUGUAUAAUCAUCGUCCAUUUCUUAUUUGGUCAUGACAAACUACUGCCCAAUGUUGUGAUGUUUCCGGGGUACCGGGAGUCCAUAAAUGUGUGGGAGCUCCUCUGGCUGGUUGUGCUGACCGAUUUGAUUGUCAAAAUCAUCACGGUCGAUGUCAAAAUCGUGGUCACAAUGAUGCCUGCUAUCUUGCUACCUUUUCAGAAAAGGGGUAAAGUUUACCUAUUUGUGGAGGCUAUAUCCCAAUUGUACCGUUCUCUGCUGACCAUACAGCCGUGGAUAUUCUUCCUGAUGCAGUCCUACGAAGGCUCAGAAAAAAUGGUGGGCAUGUUCCUCACAUCCGUGUAUGUGAUUGCCAAGAUCGUCGAGGUGCUCAUGAAGCUCAGGCUAUUUAAAAAUGCCACUUGGACUUUGUUGCAGAGUGUUAAUCUGGGCACAAAGCCGACUGGAGAACAGUUGUUGUCAGCGGGCGAGUCGUGCCCGAUCUGCCACGACGACUACAGCACGCCGGUGCGACUCGGCUGCAGCCACAUCUUCUGCGAGCUCUGCAUCAGCGCGUGGCUCGACCGCGAGCACACGUGCCCGCUGUGCCGCGCGAAGGUCGCGGACGAGCCCACCUGGCGGGACGGCUCCACCACGUACGACUUCCAACUAUAUUGAUUACUUUUGUGCCAUAGCGGGGCGAACUUGGUGACGCUUCUUAUAAUAAUCUAACAACACGGAAUGUGAUCUCUAAAAUGUUUUUACAUAAUUUCUUACACAAUUCUAACGACUUAUUGUCACUUACAACGACAAGGGCAGCAUAGUUUUUUUUAGAAAAAACAAUAUAAUCUAUGAUUUGCUUUGUUUGAUACCUCUCCUCCAUAUAUACAAGCCUGGCUAUGCCCUUGGCUAAUGUUCUGUGUGUGGUCAGCGAACAGACUGAUGUCCAACUGUAUUGAUAUUUUUAAAGUAAGGCCUAAAUUCUGUUUAGGAGCUGUUUUUUUUUUCUUUCGUAACCUCUGUACUAUCGCUUGCGACUCCGUAAAUUAGAAUAAUGCGCGCCAAAUAAUUAGGGCCUACUAUUUUGCUAUUGCGCAGGCAAAACAUAGAUAAACCAAGGCCCAAAUGUCGUGGCGCGAUUUGUAACUGUAUUUUUGUUUCAUCUUCUAUUGAUCGUAGUUUUUGGAAUCGCCGAGUUUAGGCUCCUAUUCUCUUGGUGGAAUUGAUAUAAUUUAAUACACUAGCUAGAAUUAAAUUAAUUCUAAUAAAUUUAUUGAAAUAAGUAAUGUAACAUGUUGACUGUCGUUUUAUAUAAUACAGUUAUUAGAAGUUAUAGAUAUUAAUCAUUAAGAAUAUUCAUUCAUGUUUUUGAAUUACUAUAAGAUUCUCCCUUAUAUUAACCCCAUUCCCAUAGAACAUAUUUGUAAGUAUUUCAUUCAGGUAUUUCAUUCAUGAUCAAAACACGAAAAAAUUAUGCGAUUAACGAUGGUUUAUUUGUUUUGGACUUUUAAAUUUUAACCAAAUGAAAUCAUAAUUUAAUAAAGUUUUCAUCGAUGUGCGUGUUUAGAUAAAAAUGUGGUAGUUCACCCAUUCACCAUAAUAUGUAUUGGCUGUGACCUGCGUCCUAAUCGCGCUAAUAAUUUUCGCAUCGCUUCGAUCGUUCCACUAUUUUUUAUAGUUCGGGUAUCGCGAAAAUAAUUUAACAGAUUCUUGGAUCAAAACUGAACCAUAAACAAACAUUAUCGUUGUGAAAAACGUUAUUCUUGUCACAACUACAAGUUUUCGGAGAUAAAAUUGUAAUCGAAACUGAAUAAAAAAAACCGCAACUUACGGCUGACGUUAUUAACGCGAUUGGGGAGCUGGAUUGUAUUAAUUGAUUCGCCAUUUGGUGGCAAAGUGGUAAUAUUAGCAUUUAUUUGGCAUUUAAAAAUAAAAUUGCAAUACAGCAUAACAAUUAACUUAUUUAUUUUAAACAGUAACAAGAAAAGUGAAUUUGGAAUGUUAUUUAUACUCAAAAAGCUAACGACAACGUAAUAUAAUAUUCAAAGUCGUCUAUAAAUUUUUGGGUUGUCUAUCGAACAACGCGUGAGAGCUUAAAAAAUCCUUUCAUUAUAUUUAAUUCAUGUAUUUCUAUAGAUGUUCUUGUUUAAUCAACGUAAAUUAUACCUAUUUAGAUUUAAAUAAUCUUAAGCCCAAAAAAAGUGUAGUUGUAGAAACUAAUUUCAUAAUGAUAACUAAUGAAACAGCUUAAAAGCGAUUUGUCCAUGUUUUAAAAUUAAUAAUUCUAAAUGAACUAAGCCAAAUAUAAAAUAAAAAUAUUUAUUUAGAUUAUACUUAUUUCGUUGUAAAUAAAAAAAAACAUACAAGGAGCUAUGGUAAAAAUUACUUUAAAAAAUCCAUAGUCCCUCCUUGUUUUUAUUUAUGUAGGUAACUUGGGUAAGCAAAAUGUGAUAAAAGUCUAGCCAGUUGCGCUAAUAUUCGUCAGGACAAAAACAUGUAUUUAGUUUAGACAUUGAUAUGGAAAGAGAAAAGGGACGGAAAGGGGGAAGUGUAUGAAGCUCAGGACACACGAAGACAUCAGAUACUAUACGAUCAGUGACGACUGUUUGAUGGUUCCACGUCUGCGACACUGAGUUGCAGAACAAGUUGUGGUGUCGCUACCGUAAACAGGCCUUAAUUAAGAUGUAAUUUUUGGCAGUUUGUUGCCCUAGCGAGCUUCGCCAAUAAAAACAAAAAUAUUUUUUUCGAGGUAAUUUUUUUUUAGAAUGGCGCGAAUAUUUUUCACGCGUGCUAGGUUGCAUCGCAUACUCAUCACCGCCUUGUUUGUUACGCGACAUGAAUCGACCUACUUGUACAUAAUUAUUGUGCAAGCAAAUGACAAUAUUGUUUAAUCAAUGGCGUGAAACUGUAAAUAAUUCAUGUAUUUAAUGUCUAAGCAAUUAAAUAUUGUAGUUUUAUAUGUGAAUUACCUUUUUGUUUUAUUAUGUAAAUUAUUAAGUGCAAUUUUUAUUGUGCUAACCGUGCAUUGGUUUUUAACAAAAUAUUUAUUAUGUACAUUCCAUUUGAUAUUAUUUCUCUUUAAUAUUUUUAAUUAUGUUUAUUUAAUUUUUUGUAAAUACGAUAAGUGAUUGUAUGGGAACCGAUCAUAUUUAUUCGAAAAAUCGUUAGCGAAAUAAACAAAACGUAUAUAUAACAGAGUUUGUUCGGUGUGGAAGCAUGUCUGUAUCUGUAGUGUAUGAACACGGCUAUUCAUUGUAUUCGUAAUAAGACCGAAUUAUUCGUUGUUUGUCUAGAUUCACUAAGCAGAUGUUGGGCCUAUUAAAAUUAUUAUAUGGAGGUCGUAAUAAAUACUUGAUGAAAAUGUCAA